CGGAAGCGAAACGGCGUCAGAUUUAAACGGACUGUAAAUUUCAGAUGAAGCAGACAGUAGCAGGACGCUGAGAUCAUGUCUGAGAACCGGCAGACGCAGCGAGGUGAUGAUGGAGCUCGUGACAGGACGAGACGCAGGGACGGUGGACAGAGUAAAGCGUCUCUACAUGCGUCUCACCCUCACACCGUGACCCGCUCCACUCAGGGACAUCGGCAGGAGAUUGGCAGGCUGAGAGAGGCGAUUGGUCAGCUGCAGACAGAAGGGCGGGGCUGUGACAAAGAGGAGGAGCUGAGAUGGAGGAUCAACCAGCUGGAGAAGGACAAGCUCGAGCUCAGCUCCAAGUACAACCAGGAGGUGUCGGGUUACCAGGCUCAGCUCACUCGCUGUCGUGCCCUGCUGGAGAAAGGAGAGGCUCAGAGACAGACACUGGAGUAUGAGCUCGCUGUGGUGAAAAGAGAUGCAGCAGCUCAGAAAAGUCACUCUGAGGAUAAGAUGGCCGGCCUGAUCACACACAACCAGCAGCUAGAGGGCCUCAGUGCAGAGCUGCGUCAGAGGGCCUCUGAUCUACAGAGAGCUUUGGAAAUCACUCAGCAAGCUCGAUAUGAUGAUGAGCGGAGCCUCCAGUCAGAGCUGCGUGAGAGGGACCAUCUGAUUCACAGCGUUAGCACAGAGAGAGAACUGCUGCAGGAGGAGAACAGACGCCUGGACACACUGUUGCAGGAGCAGAAAGACACACUGCAGGAGCUGAAGGACAGGAUGGACAGUGUGCAGAGGGACAGAGACCGAGACGCCGAGGAGCUCAGAGUGAGGACUGCUGAGCUGAGGAAGAGUAUGGAGCGUGAAGAGAGGAUGAAGAAGAAGGUGGAGACAGCUAUACAGAGAGUAAAGGCUCUGGAGGAGAGUGUGGAGGCAGAGAGGGCUGCUCACCUGGAGUUCAAGGUCAGCGCUGAAGUCAUUCAGCUGCGUCUUAGGGAUGUGGAAGCGGCUCUGUCAGUAGAGAAGAGGAAUCAGGCCGAGGCUACAUCCAGUCUGGAGCUGCUCAAACACAAGCUUGGAGAAGUGGAGAGAGCACACACACGAGAGAGACAGCGCGCUGACAACACACAACACACACUCACACUAGUGGAGCAGGAGUACCAGUACUCUAAAGCCAAUCUGAUUGACCAGCUGGAGAAAGCCAAGGCCGCCUUGGCUGAUCUGAUUGGUCAGAUGGAGCGUGAGAAGGCGGAGUCAGCUAAGCUGACUGGUCAGAUGGAGCGGGAGAAGGCGGAGUCAGCCAAGCUGAUUGGUCAGAUGGAGCAGGAGAAGGCGGAGUCAGCUAAGCUGAUUGGUCAGUUGGAGCAGGAGAAGGCGGAGUCAGCUAAGCUGUCAGUUAGACUGCAGGAACAGGAGAGAGUUCAGAUGGAGAGAGGGCAAGAACUCAACCUGGUCCAGAAGAGGCUGGUAUUUGUGGAGAAAACAUAUGAAGGUCUUCUCAAAGAAAUUGAGCAACUGUUACUCCAUCACCACCACCACCACCACCAGGGGGCACCACCCAUCAACACCACUGGAGAUAAACAGAACCCGUCUGCCCUGAUGGACCUCUUGAGAAGAGAGUUACACCGCUAUCACACGGAGCUGAAGGACUUGGUGAAGGUGGUUGAAACUCUGAACAAAGAGAAUAAAGACAAAGAUGAGAUCAUCGCUGACCUGAGGAGACGCAUACAGGAAUGUGAGGCUCGGUGUGUGUGUGUGAGUGAGGAGGCGGAGCGUCUGCGUGUGUGCGUUGCAGACGCAGCAGAGCAAGCGCAGAUGGAACUGCAGAGCAUCACACACCGCUGGGAGCAGGAGAGGGAGCAACACACACACUCCAAAACUCACAUACACACACUCAGACAGGAGCAUGACAGGGAGCGCCAGGAGAAGCUGACCUUCCUGCACACUCUGUACCAGCGGCUCCUCACUGGCUGUGUGAUAGUAGCCCCGCCCCAGAGCAUGAUGGGUAGUUUUUCAUGGGCAGAGCUUAGUAUCAUGCUACAAGAGCAGGCAGACGCGCUGACCUCUGACCUCAGCUCAGCCAAUCAGAGGAUUGCAUGUUUAGAGAAUGUGUGUGAGGGGAAGGAGGCGGCGCUGACAAGUGUGUGUGAGCAGCUGAAGCAGAGAGAGGAGAGCUGGAUCAAACAGAGAGAGGAGCUGAACACACAACACACACACAUGAUCAACAAACUACACACCACAGCUCAGGAUCUGAAGAGUCGUUUGGAUCACACUGAAGAGAGUCUCCGGGUUUCUGAGCGCUCUCACUCUGCCCUCCAACAGGAAGUGACUCGCCUUCAGGAGCUGGUGCGUGUGUGUCGCCGUGAUGAUGCGUCCCUCCUGGCAGCGUGCGCUAUGCUGGCGGGGUGUGUGUGUGCGAUGCACGGUCGCGUGUGUGCACUGGUGUGUCAGAAAGCCCUGCUGCAGCAAAGCGUGUGUGAUUCUGAGUCUCUCCAGCAGGAAGUGAGCGCUCUACUGCAUGCGCUCAGUGACCCCAGGGUUGAAGGUCAGAGCGGGGUCAGAGGAGGUGUGUGGAAGUUUAGAGUGCAUGUGAUUGCUGUGAUGGCCGCCCUGCGUCUCCUCACUCUGUACAGGAACACAACCACCCUGCUCAGAGUUGGCGGAGGAGUGUGUGUGAGAGAGCUGAGGCUGAGCAGCACACACACUGAGGAAGAGGAGAACCAGAGAGUGAUGAAGAUGCUCACAUCCUCACAGCUCUGUGUGAUCUUACACACCUGUAUGCAGGAGGUGCAGACAGAGCUUCAGAGAACCGAGCACAGUGUCUUAGCGGCCGCUCGUUCCAGCUUCACUAAGCUGAUUGAGAAGCUGCUGCCUGAGUCAGAGUCAGGUUGCUAUGGUGAUGUGGGGUCGUUGGCACGGCAUCUGGGUCACGGAUUGAACAACCUCCGCAAAACACACCCUCUCCCACUGAGACAUGACACCAACAAGGUCAUGGUCUCUGCCCUGCAGCAGCACUUCCUGGUGUUUACUCAGCGUUUACACUCCACUGAGGUGGAGAGGAGAGACCUGAGGAUCGAACUGUCACGCAUGAAACGCAGAAACACACACACUCACAGUGAUACGAAGGACAACACACACACAUGGUGUGUGCCGGUGCAGCAGUUCCACAGUGUGUGUGAGGAGUUGAGCUCGGCUCUGCAGAGGGAACAGCAGGCACAGUCUCUCCUGCAUGAACAGGCCACACAGCUGCAGGAGCUCGGUGUUACCAUGGAGACACAUACCUCAGAACAGCUGGAAAAAGACCACACACUCGCUCAGGCUGUACAGAGUCUAUCUGAUGUGAAGGCGGAGCUAAAGAGGAAAGACCAAUCUCUACGGUUGCUAGGGAAACGGCUAAGUCAGUCACAGCAAGAGAAACAGGAGCUACAGCAGAGCAUCAACAGAGCGGAAAACACACUGCGCAUGGCAGCUAGGAGUAAAGAGUGUUUAUCGAGCUACAUCAUGUCAGUGGAAUGCAGAUUGAGAGAGCUAAAGGAUCGUCUCCUCCUCUCUCACGCCACAUCCUCACGAGACGACUUCAUCCUGCACUUACCCACAAUGCACCAGGACACACAGGGCUUGGAGCUGGACAGUGGAGGAGUGGAGAUGAAGGCGUGUCAGGCACUGGUGCGCAGUUUUACAGACGUGUACGAGUUAGCGUGUAGUAAGAUGGUGUGUCUGGAGAGAGAGAUCUCCUCAUAUCAGUCGCACAUCACUGCUCUGAAAGCAGAGUUACACGACGCCUGCAUACGAGAGAACCAGUGCUACCUAAUCGGAUGUACUGACACGCUGGCUCCUCUUUCUGAAGCAGAGGGGAAUUGUGGGAUACCGGCUCUCAAGCCCAAUGGUGUCGCAGUGAAAGAUGUCCCCAGAAACAUGCACACACUCCAAAAUAAGUCCACUGUUCCACUGAAGAAGAGCAGAAGUGUGAAAAAACCCUUCAAAAUCUCCACAAGUGCCUCAAAACCAUCAACAUGAAAAAACUCUGUUUCUCACUGAAAUGCAUUUUGUACUAAAUUGUACUUUACUGUAGAUUUUGCAUUUUAGAAAAUAAGAGCGAUUGUUUUAUAGUCGUCUGUCACUGCUGCUAAUGACUGCUAGAAAUAAACUAUUAAACAGUCAA